UUUAGUUCUGUGUUUUUACUGAGGAUCUCAAUUUCAUUUAAAAUGCAUCAAUUCAAUGUUAAAUCAGACGCGCAUUAAACAUAUUUAUUUUGAUGAAACUCUGCAUUGCAAUAAAAUAAAGAGAAACGUACGGUUUGUGAACUAUCUUCAAAAAUGAAGAUAUACUUUUGAACUUUCAUAUUUCAAAAUAGUAUCAUGUUGCGUAGUUCCUGGAGUAUUUAUUUCAUAAUCAUCUAUAUUUUUGCAGGCCAGAAUUUAGUUGCUAGUCAUUUAACUCGCCCACCACAUAAUUUGUCAUGCUAUACCUGCAGCACAUUAAACAAUGGAGAUUCAUGCCGAUAUCUUCAAUUAAAUGACACAGGUGUACAAAAGUCAUGUAAACCAAAUCAAAUGUUCUGUUCUGUAAUAUUAUUUAGGUAUGCUGCAGACUCCACUGACUAUUUAUUUUGGUCAAUAGAAAGACGCUGUGAAGAAACAUGUCAAGAAGGUUGCCAUACUGUUGGAGAACGUGUGAAAUUGUUUCUUUGCCGUUCCUGCUGUAAUGGCUAUUUAUGUAAUUUUGGUAAUACUGGUUUAAAAGCUUUACCUGAUGAUAAUUAUAUGAUUUUGUUUACAGGUAUGGCCUUGUAUAGAUAUUUUUCAUUUUUUAAGUCAUUUGAAACCAUACUUUGGGGUUAACAAGUAGAAUUUAUAAGAAGGUUUGUCUAUUAAUGUUUAUGUGGUAUACAGCAUAAGCACAUUUUGUAAAUACAAUUCUCAGUGUAAAUAUGCAAUAAAGUCAAAUGAAUAUUACUAUUCUUUCAUCUAAGCCAUAAUAAGCUUGAAUAGUUAUUUGAUUUUUUUUUUGCAAUUAAAAUGCAAAAUUCACUUUACAAGUAAAUUUUAAAGAAUUUUUCAUCUUAAACUUUAUCAUUAAUAGACAUUGUAGAAUUUCAUUCAAGUUUUUGAUUAUAUUUUAAAACCAAUUUUCUUUAUGAAUUUUGAUAUAAAUGUCAUAUUUGGAAAAUAUUUAUCAUGAUUUUAUUCACAUAUAUAUUUAUUAGUAAUAUCAUAGAACUAACUACCAGUAGUUGGACUUUCUAAAUCCAUAUCAAAAUAGGCAAAAUAAUUUUUGUCAUUAUUUUUAAAUGUGUAAAAAUUUUGAACCACAUUAUGGAAUAGGAAAAGAAAUAAAACUUUU